UGAUGUAUCAGUUUUCGAUGACCUCUCAAAGUGAUGAGACGGAUAAGUGAACAGAUAUCUUCGAUAUUAAAAGAUUGUGGAGAUAAUACAUUAAUCGCUGCUCUAGAGCAGCUAAUAUUAAUUAUUACAAGGAACUAUUUUUUAAUCCUCAUACAUUAUUAGUAUAUAAGAUAUCGAGAAUAAAAUUUGGCAUGGCACUUCUAAAAUUGUUAUUAAGUCUUGGCACAAUUAUUGCCGUGACGGCUUCUCCUAUUUUUGAAAAUUCGAAGAAAGAUUUGUCUACUGCAAUUAAUAAUCGUUUAUCGGAUAAUAUAAAACCGAUACAUUAUAAUAUCGAGUUUAUAUUAAAUAUUGAGGAAGGUAUAUAUUAUGGUAAAUCAAAUGUCAGCAUCAAGAUUAGUAAAGAAACUGAACAAAUAGAAUUGCACUCAAUGAACUUAGCUAUUACCAAAUCCACAUUGAUUUAUAAAGAUGUACAACAGUCAGAGGAGAACAGAAAAUGGCCCUAUAAACCAUCGUAUUAUUCACAUGAUAAAAAGACAAACAUUUUUAUUAUUCACUUUAGUGAUAAAUUAUUGGUCGGAAAUUAUAUCUUAAACAUGGAAUUCUUCGGCGAAGCAACUAAUGAUACCGAAGGUCUUUUUAGAACUUCCUACAAUAAUGAAAGAGGAUAUAAAGUAUGGUUGAUCGCAACACAUCUGCAGACAAUUGGAGCACGACAGUUAUUUCCAUGUUGGGACGAGCCGAAAUUUAAAGCUACCUUUACCAUUUCCGUAAAGCAUCUCAUGAAAUACACAGCUUUCUCAAAUAUGCCAGUGAAAAAUCUGCAAAAAGUUGAAAGUAAUAUGAUGUGGACACACUUUCGUACUACCCCUAUAAUGCCUCCUAAUUUCAUGGCGAUAGCGGUGAUCGAUUUUAUAGGUGUGUCUCACAAUUGGAAUGUCAAAAUAUGGUAUAAAGAGAAAGAAAUAUACAAAGUAUAUAUUUUUUAUUAUAUAUAUUUUUUCACUCAUUUGCUCACGCUGACUUUGGAAAAUGAAUGGUGCAUGUUGUGUACGAAAAUGAUCCCAAAGGUAGAUUAUAUUGUAAUCCCAGAUUUCCCAAAAAAAGUUGCAAUAACUUGGGGACUCAUCCUAUACAGAGAAGAUUAUAUUAUCGACAAGGAAAUAUCAUUAAACAUGACACAUGAGAAAAUAAAAGUGUUACGCUUUAUAGCAUAUAAUAUAGCACAGGAAUCUUUGAAUAAUAUACCACCUUGGUUAAUUGAGGGAUUUGCUAGAUUGUUAGAAAUUCAUAUCAUUGAUAAGAAUUUAGACGAACGAAUGAUGGAUAUGCUUGAAGUUCAGAUUAAACACGAAUCUUUCCGUUUAAACUCUUAUUUCAAUGAAAUCCUCUUAGAAAUCAACAAUUCUGAAGUUAAUUCACUUCCUUCUUCUUUUCGUUAUCACAAAGCAUUUCCUAUAUUACGUAUGCUGCAAUAUCUACUCACUGAUAAGGUGUUUCGAGAAGGUAUUAAAAAUUAUUUAAAUACAAAUAAACAUAGUACGAAUAAUCGGACAGCACUUAAUGAUUUUUGGAUUGCUAUGCAAAAUGCUCUUGAUAAAUCGAAUGAAAAUAAGAUUAACUUAAUAGAAAAAAUGGAUGAUUGGACAAAACAGAAAAAUUAUCCUGUAUUGAAACUAAUACAAAUUAACGGUUGUACAAAUAUAUUACUGAAAAAUUCCGGUUCGAUCGAUGGUGAAUUGUGGAUACCUAUGACCUAUACUACACAGAAUAAUCCCGAUUUUAGUAAGACUUCGUUUCGUGAUGUCGAGUGGCAAAAAUUCAGUCGCAAAAAAGAGUUAUUUUCUAAUAAUGUAUCUAAACUUUUCAAAGAAGAUGGUUGGAUUAUAAUCAAUUUACAACAAACUGGAUACUACCGUGUCAAUUAUGAUACUAGCAACUGGAAAAAAAUUGCGAAGUACUUAAAUUCUAUAGAAUAUACGAAAAUACAUGUUCUCAAUCGUGCGCAAAUCAUUGAUGACGCGUUUUAUUUCUUAACGACUAAUCAAAUAUCUCCUUCUGUAUUUUGGGAACUCAUAAAUUAUCUAGAACGAGAGACAGAUUAUGUAGCAUGGUAUCCUAUGAUCAAAAUUCUUGAACACAUGUCUAGUAUUUUUCUAUUAUCAGAUCCAGAAAUUCAUGAGAUUAAGGAAAAAUUGAAGGAAAUAUUCAACAAGGUUCUUGAGAAUAUAGGAUACGAAGAAUCAUAUGAAGAAAAUAAAAAUUAUUUUAUUAAUUGCCUAAGGCAAGAAAUCACAAAAUGGGCAUGUCUUUUCGAUGAAUUUAAAUGCAAGAUAGAAGCAGGUUCUAAACUGCAACAAUAUCUCGCAAAUCAUACAGAGAAUAAACUUCUUGCAUGGUGGGAAGAAUGGACAUAUUGUAACGGUUUGAUGGUACUGGAUAAUAAUGUUUGGCAUUAUGUAUAUAAUAGUUACGUGAUAGACUCUAAUGAUAAAUAUUUAAAAUUUCUGGCUUGCUCUGAAAGAAUCAUGACUAUUAAAGAUUAUGGUUCACUAAUAUUGGAAGAAAAUGGACCGAUAAAAAAUAAAUAUCGUGCAAUUAGUUUUCAUUAUAUUAUUGCUAGGCAUGCAAAGAAUAACAAC